GUUCGCUACGAAGGAUCGCCGCGUGUUCGAUGUGUGUGAAGCAAUUCAUUGGAUUGAUAAAAAAAUACCUACCUUAUCCCGCUGGUUGCCGAUACAGAUGCAACCACUGCGGCUUAUUCCCGUAUAUCCGAAAUCCUGUGUGGGCACACGAAGAUUAGCGCACAGAAAUGGUUCUGAGUGAUUUUCCGGCGGUGGCAUUGGGUUAGGCUCCGUGUGGUAGAUUAGGAUUAGGGGCUUUUCAUUGUGGCGCAUAGAGUGUUAGCGCAUCCAUUUGAUUCGUCGGUUUGGCAUUGUAGUGGAUGGAAAUCAUUGAUGCUAAGUGCAGGUGUGUUGAUUCCACUUCAGGGAAUCGUUGGAAACAAAAAUAAAUAAGAAUCAAUUAACAGUCAUGAAUUAAGGAGACCGCGAUAUCAGUGGAUUGGCACGGCAAUGGAUUUGCGUGUCUUCGUGUAUUCGAACAUCAUGCAAGUGAUUCAUACGGAAGAAUUAAUGUGAGCAUGCCGAUGACCUGGUUCUUUGAGCUUCCACCUGUUCAGCUGACGGCGGUGGUUUGCGGCGGCCAUUCGUGACGUUGACGGUACAGUUCAAGGCGUUCUGCAAAAGAGUGUAGUGCAGUGUGGUAGAGAAUUGUACAUACAUAGAAACAAGCUGAAUCCCGUCAACCAUCAACCCAUAAAAGUUCAGUUCAGUUGAUUUGGUAGUGGAACAACAAUCGAAAACACUCGGUCUGGCAGGCGAGGGAAUAACCGGACCGACUCGACACGGUGGGUGCGAAAAUCAAAGGUGGAAAACAGAAGGUGAAAAUAAUUUUCUGCUGCCGUAAUUGUGACCUACCUUCCCGGCUAAUGGUGCGGUUAUGGAUGGUGACCGUGGUCGUUGUGCUGCUCGGAAGGAAACAAACCGCAGGAAGGAGGAAAUAGCUGAACGAAUUAUCUCAUUUGUGUGGAACGUGAACGAAGACAAGCAACAGAAAAAAUUGCGGCAAUAAAGUGGGCAUUGGUUGCCUGUUCGAUAUACGCAGGGAGCUGCAUUUUAAAGAAAUAGGAAUCCUGAGUCGAGUGUGGUUUGUUGUGCAGGAAAACUCCGUUUCGAAGGAUCCCACUUGCUGCGGAAUGUGAUUUGAAUGAGCGGUUGACCGUAGUCCCGUAAUAGUGGAACCAUAAGUGCUAAAAAGGAAUAAUAACCAUUAGCGCGUCUAGUGUAAGUGUGAAAAAAAAGCUAAAAGGGAUGCGAAAAAGCGAGAAGAAAGCCAGAAGCGUCGAAAAAAAGUUUAAAAGUAGCUCUUAAAAAUUAAUUUAGCGCAAGCUGGCUUUAAGUGAAGUGGUGCAAUUAUUCUGAAUAAAAUAUGUGGAGACGACGGGGCUGCCACGAUUCAAUGACGCUGAGCUGCGCGACGAUGCUGGCGACCGUGAUACUGAUGCUGCUACAUCUGGCCACCGAAUCGCGAGCGCAGAUAGACUGGGCCGAGGACGAUGACGAUCCAGUUUCGACAACGACGGUGGAGGCUGUGCUCGGACGAACGACAUCACUGCCCUGCGACAUCACACCUGAUGAAGCCAACGAUCGCGUGUAUAUGGUUCUGUGGUUUCGAGAGAGUGCCGGAAAGCCUUUAUACAGCUACGAUGUCCGAGGGAGACAAUAUGCGAAGGCACUCUAUUGGUCAGAUGGCGCGGCGUUCGGACCACGAGCAUAUUUUGUGACCGUGUCAAAACCGGCGGCGCUCACCGUGGAGAAUAUUCAACUGGAUGAUGAAGGGGUUUAUCGAUGUCGAGUUGAUUUUCAGAACUCGCCAACCCGAAACCAUAGGAUAAAUCUCACUGUCACUGCGCGCGAUGCCAACGACACUGCCAAUAAGGCGGUUCUGACGCAAGAGAUACAGACGACGGCGCCAUCCUGGAUCAGUUAUUUUUCGCUGUCCGCUGUCGGAGCGGAAAUAUUCCGGUUACGGAUGAGAGUGUUUGGCGGUGAUCCGAACAAUCGAAAAAAGAUUCGAGCAGACGCGGAAAGAUCAAUUUCAUCGUGGACUGCGACCAUGUAG